GAGGUUAGCAACAUGUCUUGUUCAGUUGUUAGGGGCGCUAGGGUCCGUCAUUGUGUCCAAGAGUCUGCAGGAACUGUGUGUCAACCGAGAGAGAGGGGGAAGGGAAGGGAUAGAGAGGUAGAGGCGCUGGCGCCAUGACAUCAAAUUCCUUAGGGCUUGCUUCCCAUCAAAUUCGACCGUUAAUCCCCUACACUGUUCAAAUUUCCCACCAUUCCUUCAUACCCACUCGGUUUUUACCGCUCUACUUCCCUCUCAAAACCCCUCAAAAUCCAUCAACUUCUCCCCUCCGCCCCUUAAUCCCCAAAGCCCAAACCACGACUUCCCACCGCCGCCGUCGCCGCCGUCCCCCACCACCCAAGGCUCAAGAAGAGGGCAUUCCCGUCGACCUCGUCAAAACCCUCGUCCAAUUCAAGUCCAGGCACAACUACAUCCGCGUUCUUGAAGUUUCUCGGACGGCCGACCAUCCCUUCGCUGGCGCAAGACUGCUCCUUCUCGACGCACCCGGUAACAUCCACAGCAUCUCUUACGUCUUCAAGUCCCUCACGAACACAUACUUUGAUGUCUUCGCCACAUUGCCACCCCUUUUGCCUCCGGGACCCUUGGGGGUUCUCGGGUUCGGAGCCGGAUCGGCCGCCCGUUUGAUCUUGGAACUGUACCCUGAAGCGGUGGUGCAUGGGUGGGAGCUUGAUCCGUCUGUGAUUUCAGUGGCGAGAGGGUAUUUUGGACUUUCUAAGUUUGAAAAACGAUACCCAGAUAGACUUGUUAUUUAUAUUGGUAAUGCAUUGGAAGCUGUUGCUAGGGACGGAUUUUCGGGUAUUUUGGUUGAUUUGUUUAGUAACGGUUGUUUGAUUCCGGAGCUCCAGGAUCCAAUUACGUGGGUGAACCUGAAGAAGAGCUUGAGGAAAGACGGGAGAAUUAUGGUUAAUGUUGGAGGGAGUUGGGAAGCUGAGGAUUUGAGGAGAGAUGGGAAGGUACUUAUGGAAGAGACUUUAAAGGCAAUACACCAGGUAUUCCCCGGCCAAGUUUUUGUUUUGAAUCUUGGAAAUUGGAAGGAUUAUAAUACUAUUGCGCUCAUAGGCGAACCGCCAGAUUUUGAUGAAUGGGCCCAGUUCCAGCAAAAAGCUAUGCAAUGCCAAAUUACACAUCUCCACCAUUGCCACAGUUUGCUGAUUUUGCAAGUUCAUGCGGUGCUGUCACGUGUCUUGCACCGGUGGCUUGGUUGCAGGUCUGAAUACCUCCUUGUUUCUGUCCUUAUCAAGACUGAGCUCCAACUAUCUGGUUGUUGGCAUUUAUCUCUCUGGCCAGGCAUUGGCUUCUUGCAUAGUGUGUCACUCUGCUGCAGAAUAAGAUCAGAGUUAUUGGGACCCGAUCAGUUUUAGCUUCCACUAACAAUUGUACAGUUCCAAUGCUCAAGUCAGCUGAAAUUGUAGUGGGAGUCAGUGUAUUGAGUUUUAAUUGAUGAUUGUGAUCAAGAAAAAUAUUUCAUGGCAUGUGUCAGUGUAAAGAUUAGAGCAAGGUUAAAGACAGUGUGUUCCUUGCACGUCUACAGUUGAAAAGCUGUUUGUACGGAGUGCAAUUUUUUAUUUAUGUAAUGAAAGAAAGGUCCAACGGGUUUGGCCUUCUCUCUAUUUUUAGCCUGAUUUUUAGAUGUUUAGGAAUACAUGCUGCAAUGUUGAUGUAAAGCAUUGGAGAUUCAUGUUAUAUUGUAUCCUAAAUGAAUAUGGUAAAAACAGUCAAACACCAUGUUUUUGAAUCUCAAAGGUGAU